UCUUACGUUUUCCGUGUUUUUUGUUGCUCAGCCAAUCACGGCGUCAGAAAACCACAACAUCACGGCGUAGCCGAAAUAUAUAUUUAUUUUGAAGCGGUAUUAUUAUUUUUUUUUGUUAGUAAAUAUUUUUAUUAUUACAUAUAGAAAAAAUAUAUAACUGAAGAAUAAAGUUAAUAAUAUGUAUAUAUUCAGUACAUCGCUAAGGGGUUAAUGUAUAAGACUCUACUUGUUUACUGCAUUAUAAAAUAUAUGUUGUUUUCUGAGGGAGUGUUUUCUUUGUUUUUUCUUUUAAACCUUAAGGAUUAUGUGAAAUAAUUAGUAGAUUAAAAAAAAUUAAUGAUUAAGUUGCUGGAAUUCACAACUUGGUAUUUCCGGAAACCAUGAGCCCUGGUUGCUUAGCAACGUGUAUGGUUAGCGUCGCUAAUAGCGCAAACGGUGGACCAAAAAAGUGGAAGUUAUUCAAAUGAAGAUGGCAUUAGAGUUUUCAAGCAGCCGACUGGGACCUUCAGUAGUUAAGGAUGAGGACGUGCAAGUGACAAAAGUCAAAGGUGAUAGUCCAGGUCUGCUCAGCUUGGCAGACUUCGAUGGAGACCCCAUGGACACGGAGGGAGAAGAUGAGAGCGAGGCUGACACUGACGUUGAAACCGAGCAGGAUAUUUCUCUACCUGUUCAGGAUCCUACUCCUGUCUCUACCAACAGAGAGAAACCUUUCCCUCAGAUUCAACCCAAAACCUACGGAGACCUACACAUACACACUGUUCUACAGUGCAGCUGUGAGGUCAUGACCUGUCGGUUCAGUGAUGACGGGACUCUCCUCGCCGUUGGACUCACUGACGGCUCCAUCAAGGUCUACAGCGCUGACAAAGGGGAACUGCUUCACACUCUGAGAGACCUAGAUAGCAUUGUCUGCUCUCUGCCUGUCACCGGCCUGAGCUUCACACACACCAGCCAAGCACAUAGCAUCCUGCUGGCUACCUAUGCCAGUGGAUAUGUGAGGUGCUGGUACGUGUGGGGCCGGCAGUGUGUGUGGUGGCUGAAAGAAACAAUGCAUAUUGGUAAAAGUGACAGAGAAGAGAAAAGGCAGAGCCUCUGUCUGUCCAUUUCUCCCUCUGGGGAACAAGCAGUGACCGGUGGCUCUGACUCAGUCAUCCAUCUCUACGAUCUCAACACACACCAGAGAAUACAGACCUGCUGGUCCAGCGCGAUGAAGACGGUGAUGGACGGCCACAGCUCACGUGUCUUUGCUGUGACGUUUCAUCCCGAGAGAGAGACAGAGUUCAUUUCAGGAGGAUGGGACAACACUAUUCAAUUUUGGGACACCAGACAGGAACAUGCAGUCAGAAUGCUCUAUGGUCCACAUGUGUGUGGCGACGCCCUUCACAUUGACCCCUCAACGAAUCAGAUUUUGUCUGGUUCCUGGAGAAAAUACACCACCUUGGAGGUGUGGGAUUACAGCUCAGGCAAGAAAGUGACCAGUGUUCCACCUGACCCACUUGGAGACAGCAUGAUGUACACGUGCCAGUGGAUGGAAUGUGAUCAUAUAGUAGCAGCAGGAGGUCGUGCUAACGCACUGAGGAUCCUCGAUCGCCACACUCUAACGGUGAAGUCACGGUUGUUUGACUUGCCCUCUGCUGUAUUCAGUUCCUCCAUCUGUCCAUCUGGGAAGUGGGCAGGGCUUAUAGCAGCCACCUCCGGAGACCAAGUCUUCCUACUGAGCAUGGAUCAUCGAAAAAAGAAUACUGUAUGACUUAAUGACUUAAAAGACUCAGAAAUAUUAUAAAUAGCUUUUGAUAGUAGUUAUGGCCAAACAUGAUUUUUUCACACUGAUCAUCCAAAGUUGCCAGGUUGAUCAUUUAAAUGAAUCUUAAUGUCCAGUCUUAGUAUAAACACAGUAAUUUCUUAUCAGGUAGCCACCCACCCUAAAAAUGAAUCCCUACAGUAAAAAAAACCCAAUUCAUUCAUUUGCACUGUUGAGUCUCUGCCUCAGACACUUUGACAUUGAUAUUGAAGCCAUCUUUUCUGGCCACAAGCUUGUGAAUAUUGAAGAUUUCAAUCUGGCUGGUUAUUCGCUCUCGUUCUCACACAGUUAUGGUUAUUGAUCUUACCUGUCUGUAGUUGGUUCUGAUUCCCAUUACUAUGGUUCUGAUAGUAUUUAAGAUUUAAUACUGUACUGUUGCAUUCAUGCCAUUAAA